CUCCUUUUGUAUACUAUAGUAGGAAAAUGGUACGUGGAACUAGGAAAGUUGCUUUGUUAUCUUUGUUUUGCCUUUGUGUUUUGGUAGCGAAUGUGGUUGCGAGGAAUGUAGUGAGUGUAAGCAAGGAUGAUGAGGAGAAAGCCUUCAUAGGUUCAGGGAAGGGAGGAGGAUUCGGAGGUGGCUUUGGUGGAGGUGGAGGAGCAGGUGGAGGUGCUGGUGGUGGGGCAGGUGGGGGCUUUGGUGGUGGUGCUGGUGGAGGGUUUGGUGGUGGAGCUGGAGGAGGUGGAGGAUUAGGAGGUGGUGCUGGUGGUGGUGGAGGAUUAGGAGGUGGCCAUGGAGUAGGUGGUGGAGCAGGUGGCGGUGGCGGUGGAGGAUUAGGAGGUGGCCAUGGAGUGGGUGGUGGAGCAGGUGGCGGUGGAGGAUUAGGAGGUGGCCAUGGAGUGGGUGGUGGAGCAGGUGGCGGUGGAGGAUUAGGAGGUGGCCAUGGAGUGGGUGGUGGAGCAGGUGGCGGUGGAGGAUUAGGAGGUGGACAUGGAGUGGGUGGUGGAGCAGGUGGCGGUGGAGGAUUAGGAGGUGGACAUGGUGUUGGUGGUGGAGCUGGAGGCGGUGGAGGAUUAGGAGGUGGACAUGGUUUUGGUGGUGGUGCCGGUGGAGGAAAGGGUGGUGGCAUUGGUAAGGGAGGAGGCAUUGGUGGUGGGGGUGGCAAAGGUGGAGGCAUCGGUAAAGGAGGUGGAUUUGGCGGAGGAGCUGGUGGUGGCAAAGGCGGUGGUAUAGGUGGAGGAAUUGGAAAAGGCGGUGGAUUUGGCGGAGGAGCUGGUGGUGGCAAAGGCGGUGGUAUAGGUGGAGGAAUUGGAAAAGGCGGUGGAUUUGGCGGAGGAGCUGGUGGUGGCAAAGGCGGUGGUAUAGGUGGAGGAAUUGGAAAAGGCGGUGGAUUUGGCGGAGGAGCUGGUGGUGGCAAAGGCGGUGGUAUAGGUGGAGGAAUUGGAAAAGGCGGUGGAUUUGGCGGAGGAGCUGGUGGUGGCAAAGGCGGUGGUAUAGGUGGAGGAAUUGGAAAAGGCGGUGGAUUUGGCGGAGGAGCUGGUGGUGGCAAAGGCGGUGGUAUAGGUGGAGGAAUUGGAAAAGGCGGUGGAUUUGGCGGAGGAGCUGGUGGUGGCAAAGGCGGUGGUAUAGGUGGAGGAAUUGGAAAAGGUGGUGGUGCUGGUGGAGGGUUUGGUAAAGGUGGAGGAGUAGGUGGGGGAAUUGGAAAAGGUGGUGGCAUAGGUGGUGGUGCUGGAGGUGGCAAAGGUGGUGGACUGGGAGGGGGCAUCGGUAAAGGCGGUGGGGGUGGUAUUGGUGGUGGUGGCGGAAUCGGAAAAGGUGGAGGCAUUGGAGGUGGGAUAGGUAAAGGUGGUGGAUUUGGUGGCGGUGUUGGAGGAGGCACUGGUGGUGGAUUCGGAAAAGGUGGAGGAUUUGGAGGAGGAAUAGGAGGUGGAGGUGGAGCAGGAGGAGGUGGUGGGGGUGGAUUUGGAGGCGGUGGGGGUGGUGGAAUUGGACACCACUAAGUAUCACGUUGCAUGCAUGCAGGAGAGUAGUAACGUGAACCAUUAAUAUUAUUAUCCUAAAGUUUAUUAGUGGUUUUAUUUGAAUUUGAUGAAACAUUUUAUAUUAGUAAUAAUUAGUUCAUAUUAUAAUGUAAUAUGUUACCUUCUUUACCGCAAUAUAAAGUUUUUUUUUUAAAAUAUA